CAUGCGCUCGCACACCCCCGCAGGCAGAUGAGAACAGCCCUCUUGAAGCCCAUCCCAACUGCCAUCGCCGUUGCCGGAAACCGUCCAUAUAACUUCACACCUCUUCCCCCGCCGGAAUGGGUCCAACCCUUCACCGAUCUAUCCGACGUCAUCACCUCCGGUCCCAAACCCGAACCCCAGCCCUCCCCCUGGGUCCCCAAGAUCCUCAAUUUCUUACAGGCCACCAAUCCCUCAGUCGAGCAAGACCUAACCCUAUUUUGCCACAAGUAUUUGAUUCGGCUUCCCCCCAAUUUCGUCUCCCACAUUCUCAAGAAAUCGGAAUCCCUCCCGAACCGGGCCGAGACUGCCUUACGGUUUUUCACCUGGGCCGGGAAGCAGAAGGGAUAUGCCCACAACCUCGAAUGCUAUGUCUCUGUGAUUGAAAUCUUGUGUUCAGCAAGUGUUGAUAUUGAUAGGGCUAGGGUCAAGUCUGUCUUCAAUGAGCUUAAGGGUAAAGGCUUUUUUAUGAACGCUGCCGCUGCCAAUUCCCUCAUCAAAAGCUUUGGCAAUGGCGGAAUGGUUGAGGAGCUAUUGUGGGUUUGGAGAAGCAUGAAGGAUAACGGGGUUGAGCCUAGUUUGUACACGUACAAUUUCUUGAUGAAUGGUCUUGUCAAUUCGGGGUUUAUCGACUUGGCCGAGAAGGUUUUCGAUGUAAUGGAGGAUGGGAAAGUCAAGCCGGACGUUGUCACUUACAACACCAUGAUCAAAGGGUAUUGUAAUUCAGGGCAUGUUAAGAAGGCCGUUGAGAAGUUGCAGUGUAUGGAGGAGGAGGGUAGGGGCUUAGAGCCGGACAAGAUCACGGUUAUGACAUUGAUGCAAGCGUGUUAUUCGGAGGGGGACUAUGAUUUUUGUGUAAGGCUUUAUCAUGAAAUGGUGGAGAAAGGAAUCGAGAUCCCAUCACAUGCAUAUAGUUUGGUGAUCGGCGGGCUUUGCAAGACGGGGAAGGCUAUGGAAGGAUAUGCCGUUUUCGAGGGUAUGGUCGGGAGAGGGUGUGAGCCCAAUGUGGCAAUCUACACGUCUUUGAUCGAUGCGUAUGCGAAGAAUGGGAAGUUGGGUACGUCGAUGGGAUUGUUUAAAAGGAUGCAAAGCGAAGGGUUUGAGCCGGAUGUAGUGACUUAUGGUGUGAUUGUGAAUAGUCUUUGCAUGAGCGGGCUGUUGGACGAGGCGAUCCAAUGGUUUGAAUAUUGUAAAGGGAAGAAUGUCGCGGUCAAUUUGGUGGUGUACUCGAGCCUCAUUGAUGGGCUUGGGAAGGCCGGGAGAGUGGAGGAGGCGACAAAACUUUUUGAAGAAAUGGAAUGCCCUCGGGAUUCAUAUUGCUACAACGUUUUUCUCAAUGCUUUGGCCAAGAAUGGGAGAAUUGACGAAGCAUUGGCACUUGUUGAAAGAAUGGAAAAUGAGGAGUGCGAUCAAACGGUGUACACGUUCACGAUAUUGAUGAACGGGUUGUUCAAGGAGCAUCGGAAUGAAGAUGCAUUGAAGAUGUGGAAUAUGAUGAUUGAUAAAGGGAUUACACCAACGGUUGCAUCUUUCCGGGUGCUUUCAACCGGACUUUGUCUAUCGGGAAAGGUAGCGCGAGCGUGUAAAAUCUUGGAUGAGUUGGCCCCGACGGGUGUAGUGUUCGACACAGCAUUUGAGGAUAUGGCCAAUGUUUUGUGCAAGGCGGGGCGGGUGGUGGACGCGUGCAAGCUGGCCGAUGGGAUUAUCGAGCGGGGACGAGAGGUGCCGGGCAGGGUCCGGACAAUAAUGAUAAAUGCGUUGAGGAAGGGAGGGAAGGCGGAUUUAGCGAUGAAACUGAUGCAUAGCAAGAUCGGGAUAGGAUAUGAUAGGUUUCGCAGUGUUAAGAAGCGAGUCAAGUUUCGAAAUCUGGUCGUCGAUCGCAGCGACCCUUGAACACACAUACACACACUCACACUCACUCAACUUAAUUCUUUUGCUCCAAAAUCAAUAUUUGUUGAGAUUUCAUUGCUCCAGUGAUAAUACAUUAAAGACGACCAAAGAAAACCCACCUAAACAAACAACUCAGUACAUUGGCUUUUCAGUUCUUGACAUAGCAGCUGUAACUGGAGUCAGCUCAGCUCAGCCACAACAGAAAUAAAUACCUCCUGAUGGUUAAUUUCUAAUUCAAAGCAAAUGCUGCUGCAUCCGAGAUGAAGUGGGCUGGGGUGGGGUCGGUCGCGUAAAGUAGCCUUCCAACGCUACCAAGUAAGCAAGCUGCAAAAGAAAGAAACAGGCUUAUUAAGUAGAAUUCAGAUACUGCUUACAUUGGAUUUGCCACACUUCACUCAUAUCUUCACUUCAAAAAGAAUUAGCGAAAGAGCUCAAGUAAUGUUUUCGCAAUAAGGUAAUUAGAUGCCCUCUAACUGCAUAGAGCAAAUCAACACAAAGCAAAUAUGCUUAGCAAAACUGAAGGAAAACAUAUUGUACCUGAGCUUUAUCAGAGCAUUGAGCCACCAGGGGAUGAACCUCAAAGACACAUUGUGUUGGUAACAUCUGGAUGCACAAGUUUCACUUACAGGAACCAUCAAUAUACACCUCUUAUUGCAUUCAGAGAGGUGCCAAUGUUGUGACAGUGCUCCACCUCAACGUUCGGCCUAUCUCAUUACCUCAUAAGCAGAUGGCACGUCAUGCAAUGGGUGGCCUUUCUGAUUUCUUUCAAUAAUCCUCCUUGCAAGAGAAACUUGCUUGCCAACAGCAAACACAAAGGCCUUGCCCUUACCUCCAGCCCCUCUGGCUGUUCUCCCAACACGACGUACAUACUCGCUUGGAUCCCGAGGAAAAUCAAAGAGAACUACAUGAUUUACACAUGCAAAAUCGAUUCCUCGAGAUGCCCU